AUGGAUCUUGCCGAGUGUUAUGAGCGAGAUCGUCGCAGACAAUCUCUUCCAUACUCUCCUGCACUGCCAGUCAAUCGCGCCAACAUGGCGACUACCCGUCAUCAUCGCGAUCGGGCUCCGGGUUCUUUAAUAGGCGAACGUACUCCGCUGCUCCCACCUCCAGGUGGCUGGCCUGAAGACGCGAACAGCAAUGGUCUACGAGAGUAUAUGCGUGCUACGGCCCUCGCAAAUGCUCGCCGGCCGUCAAACAACCGAUUCCUUCCCAAAUACCCCAUCCGCAUGAUCGCCAGAGCUAUCCCGAUUCCCGUCUGGGGUAUCACCUUUCUCACAAUCCUCAUCAAUAUCAUUGUCUGGGCUGUCGUCGGAACCAUUGUCUACUUUCACCCAAAGCUUUAUCCCUCGAUUGCUUUGUCUUGGAUUCUUGGCCUUCGUCAUGCCCUGGAUGCCCCCAACGUUGCGCUCAUCAACCUGGUUACUCGACGCCUGAUCGCCAACGGCCAGCGUCCCUGCACAAUUGGAUUUUGGUUCUCGCUCGGCUACUCUACCAUUGUCAUCAUGACUUGCAUUGUGGUGGCGGCUACCGGCGGUGCUUUCGUCAAGAAUUUCGGCAACAUCUCCCAGAUUGGCAGCCUCGUUGGUACAAGUAUCUCAACCAUUUACCUGGCUGCUCUCUGUGGGACAAACAUCUGGGUCCUCUAUCAAGUCUGUUACAAGCUCAAGGCCGAGGUAGAAGGUCGCGUCAGGCGUCCUCCCUUUGACAUUUGUAUCCCCCGCGACAUUGUUGAGGCCACCGGAGAUGGUGCAAUCCUGGAAGAGCUGAUUGACGAGGAGGCAUAUCCUACGGUAUUUGAAGAUGAAGAGAACGAGCCCGAGGCCCAGCUCCUCGUCGCCAGUCAACGACUCAACUAUUUUGAGCGUCUCGACAAGUGCUGGAAGUUGAGGGAGAGGUUUUUCAAGGUAUCCGGGAAAUUCUACAAGAUGAUCGACAGACCCUGGAAGAUGUUCCCUACGGGUAUGCUCUUUGGCCUCAGCUUCGGCACUAGUGCCAAGAUUGCUCUCUUGGGCUUGACCAGCAUUCAGGUCGCCCAAGCCAACAUCUGGUUGAUUCUGAUCUACCCGGCCCUUUUCGCUGUUGGCAUGUGCCUUGUCGAUUCCGUCGAAAGCGCUGUCUUCAUGACCCUUCACACAACUCGAACCUUUGAGCGCAAUAUCACAUCCAUCCUCAACUACUCUAUUGUAAUGACCUCGGUGACAAUCUUUGCGUCAUCGUUUGUCUGCACCUUUGAGUGUCUAGCUCUUGCGCGGACGAUCAUGAAGCCUCAGCCAGGAAAUGCCUUCUGGGAUGGAGUCACAGCUAUAGAGGACAACUUUGCUAUCCUUGGCGGUGGGAUAUGCGCCCUAAUUAUCCUCAUGGGCGUCAUGACCAUUUUCUUCUAUCGGUCGUGGGGAGUAUAUCAAACAAACAGAGCUAGGCUUCACGCAAGGUGGGCCGAUUGGACAGCCCGCCGUCAAUUACCUGAGAACCCGCCUCCUGGCGCAAAUCAGAACCCUCCCUUGUCCGUCAACCCUCCUUCGCCCCCGCCCUCGCCAUUACCUACUCUGCCCCAGUAUCUGCCUCUACCUGAUGCGGAGGAAACUGUGAAUGAUCAGACUCAUUGGUUGUUGAAACCUUUGAAGUUUCGGCUAACGAUGUGGCAACAUCGUUAUCAGAGAUCCCGAAUCCCCCCGUCCCCUCUCGACGCCGCCUCGAACGAGGAACUUUAUAACCACUCGAACACGCAACGUAUGAACAACUUGACAGCCGAAGACUUUGUCGAGGACGAGCGGAUGAGGGCGUGGGCAAAGUACAAGGGCUGGCGCAUCAUCAAAGAGUACGAAAGGAGAAGCAGGGAGUACGACGAGUACAGGCUGGCUCACAAUAUCAAUUGA